UGAUUGGCAUACAGGCGAAUGAGAACGACCUGUCUUGUUCAGAUAAUUAACUGUAGUCAUCAUCAGUGAGAGAGACAAAACUCAGGACAUCUGGACUGUCUGAUGCUCGCGAUCACUCAGUCCCACACUCACCAUGGCUUGGACAAAAUAUCAGCUCUUUCUCGCCGGUCUGAUGCUCACCACAGGCUCUCUUAACACAUUAUCAGCGAAAUGGGCUGAUUUGUUCUCUGCACCCGGAUGUCAUGGCGCCCCAAAGCACAACUUCUCCCACCCCUUUGUACAGGCUGUGGGAAUGUUUUUGGGUGAGCUGUCCUGCCUGGUGGUGUUCUACAUACUCCUUUGUCAUGAUCGACGCAAACCUGAGCCCACCAUGGAUCCAGGCCAGAGUUUCAAUCCCUUUCUUUUCCUUCCCCCUGCGCUUUGUGACAUGAUCGGAACAUCCAUCAUGUAUGUUGCUCUGAACAUGACCAGCGCCUCCAGUUUCCAGAUGCUGCGAGGAGCUGUAAUCAUCUUCACUGGACUGCUGUCUGUAGCUUUCUUAGGACGACGACUGAAGCCCAGCCAGUGGGUUGGGAUCAUAGUUACUAUCUUUGGGCUGGUGGUGGUUGGACUGGCUGAUUUUGUGAGCCGCCAUGGAGAUGACACUCAUAAACUCAGUGAGGUUAUCACAGGGGACCUUUUGAUCAUCAUGGCACAGAUUAUUGUUGCAGUCCAGAUGGUCCUGGAGGAGAAGUUUGUUUACAAACACAAUGUGCAUCCUCUAAAAGCUGUUGGGACUGAGGGCCUUUUUGGAUUUGUCAUCCUAUCAAUCCUCCUCAUCCCGAUGUUCUACAUCUAUGUGGGCAGUUUUGCAGAUAACCCACGACAGGUCCUUGAGGACGCACUGGAUGCUUUCUGUCAAAUCGGCCACAAGCCUCUCAUCUUCCUGGCACUGCUGGGCAACACCGUUAGCAUCGCCUUCUUUAACUUUGCGGGCAUCAGCGUCACCAAGGAGAUAAGUGCCACCACUCGCAUGGUGCUUGACAGUCUGCGUACUUUAGUCAUCUGGGUUGUGAGUUUGGCACUGGGUUGGGAGGUAUUCCAUGGCCUACAGAUCCUGGGCUUCAUAAUCCUACUCGUGGGUACAGCGCUGUACAAUGGACUCCACAAGCCUUUGAUAGCCAAACUGCCCUGCUGCUCUGGAGAGCAGAGAGCAGAAGAGGGAGAUGCUCCCGAAAGAGAGAGACUGCUUGGCGAGGAAAAAGCAGCACAGGAGAGCUAAACUUAGACUUUGAACAAAAUGCUGCUAGCAAUGCCGUGCUCUUGUAUGUGUGGAGUGUUCAGGCAUUCGCUUUGUUUUAACAAUUAUUUCCAUUUUACGCACAGAACUGAAAUGAAUGAAUAGGUGAGUACCUGUAUGAAAAUAAGGAUUGAUUUGUAGUCGUAAUCUCUGUCAAAAUCAGAUAAGAGAUGGAGAUUGCGGCAAGGGAGCAUCACAUUUUAGUUUUGUUUUAAGAGUCUGAAACAACACUCAGCUGGGAGCCACACCCCUGACCUCAUCACUAAUUUGUUUUUUGUUUUUUUGCAAACUAUUUUUUUUUUCUCUCAUAACUGUAAAUAGUGCAGUAAUGCUUAGAUUUUAAAAUAGUUUUAUAUGCAAAGCAUUACUUUUAGGAAGGGAUGGAAUUUUUUUUUUUUUUAAAUAAUUGUAUUGAAACUCAAUAUUUUAACAAAUGUUUUUUAAUGCUGUUUUUAGAGGUUUCAGAUUCAAAGCAAUUAGCUUUUUGCCAAUGUAAUGUGCUGUUAGAGCACAUCUCCUCUUAUUUUACCAAUCAUUUUAAUUGAGUAAUAUUUUUAAUCAUCUGUGAAUCGGGUGCUAUGCACUGAUAAGAAAGUGCUGUUAAAUUUGGGAGAGCUGUAAUUGUACAUUUAGCUUUUGAGAACGUGAAAGUUAUAAUUGUGUGUCAUUAUAAAUAUUUUUUCUUUGCUACAAAGAAUCUUAAUCACAAAAAAAACAGCAUAAGAUUUUAAUUAGUUGGCCAUUUUUUUAUGUUUUGGCCAUUGAUGUUCUCUGAAUUUCAUUGAGGAAUCAUUUGACAAAUUUGUCCCCAUUUAUAAGUGUAUAAAUUCCUCUCACAUUCUCUUUAGAAACAUUUGUUUGUCGGUAUUAAGACUUGUUAUUGAUGUUAGCGAUUUGUGGGGAUUAAUUACAUGUAAUGCCUGUGUCACACAUCUUAUACAUGUGUAAGAAACACUUUGCCUGGUUCUGGCUGCACACAUUUUUUUUUUUCCCUCUUUAACUUUGAAUUAUUGACCUGUGUAAUACCACAAGGAAGAUAUGUGACCAAAAUAUUGAUACUGUUGCAAUUUUUUUUUUUUAUACUUUGAGCUUGACUUUACAUUUAUAUGUAUUUACAGUUCAGCACUACAAAACAAUACAUGUAAAACACCAUAGAAAUGAACUUACACUCUGUAUAGGCAGAACAUCCCAAUGCAAAGUCUGAAACAGACUCCGCAAUCAAUACGACUAAUUAAAAUAAUAUUUUGAGCA